GCUGUGCUUCAUCGCUAUAUGUACCGUGUGUUUGUGAAAAUCUCACAAAUGGCAAUCAGAAUCUUCUUGUGAGCUGUUGUUCUGAUAUUUUCUGUAUUUUCUCUCUACAGAAAUUUUUUUUUUAUAUAUCUGCCAAAAUGAUCAGCCGAAAUACCAAAAAUGUGCUUGUGGUGUCUUUUGGAUUUUUGUCCUUGUUCACGGCGUACGGAGGACUGCAGGCUCUACAGAGCAGCCUGAACGCCGAGGAGGGGAUGGGCGUUAUCUCGCUGAGUGUCAUUUACGGAACCAUCAUCCUGUCCUCCAUGUUCCUUCCCCCCAUCAUGAUCAAGAACCUGGGCUGUAAAUGGACCAUCUUCCUCUCUAUGGCCUGCUACAUCAGCUAUUCGUUUGGAAAUCUCCUCCCUGGAUGGCCGAGUCUGAUCGCUACAUCUGCUGUCCUGGGUUUGGGCGGUUCCCCACUUUGGUCUGCUAAAUGCACAUACCUCACUAUCAGCGGCAACUUUCAAGCAGAGAAAGAAAACAAGAAAGGCCAGGAUAUCAUAAACCAAUACUUUGGCGUGUUCUUUCUAAUCUUCCAGUCAUCAGCUGUCUGGGGAAACCUCAUGUCGUCGCUGAUAUUUCAACAAGAUGCUAAUAUAGCCGACAUUCCUGAGGAGAGACUGCAGUUCUGUGGUGCUGCUCUGUGCAACGAGAACUUUACCACCACGGGGAACUUCACACGCCCGGAGCAGAACCUCGUCAACAUUCUGAUGAGUUGCUAUAUCGGUGUGGGAGUUCUGGCGAUGAUCCUAGUGGCAGUUUUCCUGGACAACAUUGAUGGAAAAGAAGCGAAGGAAUUUCGGAGGAACAUAGGCAACCAGAAGUUCUGCAGUACCUUCCUGGCCACGUUCAGGCUUUUAAAAGAUAAGAGGCUGAUAAUGCUCAUUCCAUUGACGAUGUACAGUGGGUUCGAGCAAAGCUUUCUCGCCGGAGAAUACACCAAGAAUUAUGUGACGUGUGCACUGGGAAUACAUUAUGUUGGCUUUGUGAUGAUCUGCUUCGGUGCCGUGAACUCGGUGAGCUCUUACGUGGUCGGGAAGCUCGCGCAGUACACCGGCAGGAUCGCCCUCUUCAGCUUGGCCGCUGUGAUCAACCUGAGCUCUGCGAUAGCUCUGCUGUACUGGAGGCCUCACCCGGACCAGCUGCCCGUCUUCUUCGUGUUCCCUGCGCUGUGGGGCGUGGCAGACGCUGUGUGGCAAACCCAAACCAACGCUCUCUACGGCACGCUGUUCGCUGAGCACAAGGAGGCAGCGUUCGCUAACUACCGCAUGUGGGAGUCUCUGGGCUUCGUGAUAGCCUUCGCGUACAGCACGUUUAUCUGUCUGUCCACCAAACUCUACAUCCUGAUCGCAGUGCUGCUACUGAACAUGCUGACGUACCUCUGGGUGGAGUACAACGAGUACAAGCAUCCUACUGAAGCAGUCAGAAAGGACAUGGGCAAGCUAGACGAGGUGUACCCCAACGACCUGGAGAAGAAACAGAUCAUUAGUCAGACAAGGUUAUAGGCUGGGAGAUGUUGACCAAGAGAGUAAAAUCUGUUUUUUUUUUGUUAAGGCAUAAAUUGUGGCUUCUUUAGUCAUGGCUAAUGUAUUUGCAAUAAAAAAUUAUCUAUUUUAUUAUAUAUACAGAUGUUUAUUUAAUAAUAAUAAUAAUAAUAAUAAUAAUAAUAACAAU